AUGGAAAAAGGAAACUUUACUGAUGGCGAAAAAUACUCUGGGGUGUUUGAACAGCGGCGAUGCUCAGACUCCUUAACAAGAGGAAUGGAAGGACAUCUCAAAUAUCUCAUAGCGUUUAAUAGCUUUCUUUCCGUCGUUGCAUUUCUUGGAAAUACUCUCGUGCUGGUGGCUCUUCGAAAGGAAACUUCGCUUCAUCCGCCCUCGAAGCUUUUGUUACGUUGUCUGGCAGCAACUGAUCUCUGCGUUGGUCUGAUUACAGAACCCCUGAAUGUCAAUUAUUGGGCGUCCCUAUUAAAGGAGGAUUGGAACACUUGUCUUUAUGCAUAUAAGGCAUGUUUCAUAGCAAGUUAUAUUUUGUCUUCCGUAUCUUUGUUAACAAUAACGGCAAUAAGCGUGGACAGACUUCUCGCUUUGUUACUGGGGCUGAGAUAUAAACUCAUUGUAACUUUAAAGCGAACAUAUGUGGCUGUGAUUACCUUUUGGUUUAUUUCCACUGCGGCUGCCACACUAUAUCUCUUAAACCAUCUUAUCACCUUUCUUUAUGGCUACAUUUUCAUACCGUCAUGUAUUUUUAUUUCAAUUUGUUCCUAUACAAAGAUUUUCUUUACAUUACGCCACCAUCGAACUCGUGUACAAGAAAAUGUCUCUGAUGGAAUACCGGGUCAAGCUAGGAACCUGGCGCGAUACAGAAGGGCAGUGAUCAGUGCAUUGUGGGUCCAACUGGCUUUAGUUGCUUGCUAUAUUCCUUAUGGUGUUGUAGGUGUUCUCUUUAGUAAUAGUAAACUCACGCCAUCAAAAUUUUUCUUUUUGGAGGUUACGAUAUCCUUAGUGUACUUUAACUCAUCUUUAAACCCGUUUCUUUACUUCUGGAAGAUAAGCGAAGUGAGAAAUGCUGUAAAAACUACAUUAGACAAGUUCCUCCUCAUUUUUGCAGUUAACAAGAGCACUUUUUCCGUAACAGAGCGCAGAAAAGAUAUUUAAACUCAAAAAUUAUCACAAUAGAUGCAAUGACAACGCGAAUCUUAGUGGAAAUGAUCAGUGAUGAGACCCAACUAGAUAUCUCAUAGAACAGCUAAGGAGUUCGUCCCACGCUCUUAGUAGCAAAUAUUUAACAGGUCUUCUUCCCAGUAUUAAAAACACAGGAAAUAUUUCAAUGAACUGAGUAACGUAUAACAUCCAGUCCUUGCCGAACGUCGUAAGCGGUACCUCACCCUCGAACAGCUUUGCUUCUAACACAUGUGGAAACGAAACGAAUCAAUCUUAUUUCUCAAAUUUUACCUUUGAUCAAAAAGGGAAACCUUUUAUUGCUAUCUAAUACGAUUUCAAGUUUCGCUUUGACGCAAAUAAACACAACUUGAUAGCAACCAUGUUUGAAGGACUAAGCGGAAAUCGUGCCAACUAUCACCAUGGGGCGAUUGAGUCAAGCCACCAAAAGUUUAUUGAUUAUUCAACGUUUGUACGUAUCCAAUGGUUGCCGAAACGGACCUACUUAAUUAAACGAGAUGUGACUUGAUAACUCUGCUUCGUACAAUAAAGAAAAUGUCGAACUCGUCAAAUUACAUUUCCUCAUUUGGUUUAAAUGAGAAGUAAUGAGGAUGAGAUAUGGUCGCAGAGCGAGCAUCCACACAUAUAUAAUGUUGACUAGUUCUCACUUAGCUUGCCCUUUGCCACUUCGCCAUGACAAGAGGCAGAGAAAAGCGCGAUUUCGCUCGUAGCUCAAAAAUUUUCGCAGUGUGGCAGAAUUGAGAGAGCAUUCAUCGGUGCAAAAAAAGGUAGGAAAUAGGGAAAGCAAAACGUGACAAUGUUGAUGCGGUAACAGACGGUGCCUAGAUUUUGUCAUUAAGUCAGAGUUUAUACGAUUUGGAAAACUAUUAUUUCUGGCUAAUAAUGUUUGAAACAACAACAACGGAUUAUUUUAACUUUUGAGCGAUCUUUUGAGCAUACUGUUUAUUGACGUUCAGUCAAAAUCCUGAAUUACCACCAAAGUGAAAUCGACAGCAUCAAUCAAAGCCUUCACAAAUCGUGCCUAGAGUUAUCCGGCGUAAAUUGUAACCGCCAAAUAGCGGCCUAACAAACAGAAAAAAUUUUCUUUGAUAAAUUGCGUUGGAAUAACUGUUAUCCUCAUUGAUCGUUAGUUCUCUCAGGAUUAUUUCGUAAAGAGAAAGUAGGGUCUCUCAGAAAGCGGCUGAAGUCCUAGGUAUAAUUAAUUCUUGGAGCGUUUCAGAAGUAAAAACAAACACUUAGUUAUGUGACGUGCACGUGAAGGCUGAACAAAUGGCUUGAGCAGCAAGAAUGUACAGAAACCCGUGCCCUUAACUAAAUAAUGACAGCAAAGUUGAAAAACACAUAUUUGACGAAAAACUGUAUGAUUUAAUCAUUUACAACACUAACUCUGCGAAAAAAACCAAGUUUGCGUGUUUCGAAUUUACUUGUAUCCUGUCAGGACCGAGUUUGGUCCUAUUCACACUUGCAUCUACAUUAUUUAUAUUAUGUGUCAAAAAAAAAUCAUAUCUAGCUGUCACUGAAUAACAUCUUCCUUGACUUAAGUCAACACGCCUAAGGUUUCCCGCAAACAUGAGUAAUCUCGUCCUUGAAGAGAGAACGAACGAGUAUAUUUCCGCGCCAAAUGGAGGCUAUUUUGUUUAUCAUCCUUCAACUAUUUUUUUCAAAUUACUAUUAAAAAAAGUGUAUAAGAACAGUUAACCGUUCACUGUGUAGGAUGUUCACCUUUCAGUGUUCCCUGGUACGAUUUUAUGAACAAACAAACAUGUCCCCCCUCUGAUAACAACCACAAAAUGCUUCCUCUCUCACCAUAAAUUAACUUCAUGAUUCAUCAAAUAUUCAUGCUCACGCGCGACUGGUUUUAACGCAUCUCACUAACAAAUAUUCCUCAGCUAAAACUAGGGUUAUCCGAGGAUAUCACUUAAGUGAUACCCUCCAAUUUUCAAACCUUACGUCCACUAAGAUAAACUUUUGUUUAAAAAUUUGAUUUAAGAUGAGAGAGUGUUUACCAUUGUUACAGAAGAAGGGAAAUAUAUGUUUGUUCUUUAAGUCGUGCCAGAGAAUGCUCAAAAGAAAACAUACCGCGCAGAAAACAGUAAGCUUUUUCUAAACAUUUUUCACGCACGUUGCAAAAUAUUUGGAGGAUAAGAAAAAAAUGGCUUCUAUUUAUCGCGAAAAUAUGCUCGUAUAUCUGUUCUUGGACAUUAUCUGUUCCUCAACGCUCACUUUUUUCCUUGCCACAAAUUUAUUUCGUUCCUUGAAUUUUGCCCCUGAACGUUUUUGAAAGAGAACGUAACUAUCGAUUAAAAAUAUCUGUUCCUCAUUCUAAAUGUGGAUGAUGAAGUUAUUAGAAUCAUUCCUUCCAUGACUUAUGCCGAAAACCAAUAUUAGGAGAGGAAGUUCUGUUUCAUAUGAGUUAGUACAGCAAAUUACAAAGGAAGACCGUAAUUGACGAUUGCGAAUCUUCCUCAAACUAACAGCAUUGUUCAAAUGAGCUUAUUAAUGUAACUCGAAAAUUAAAAAUUGGCACGCGUCUUCAGCCGCCUUAUUUUCUGUGGAACAAGGAUCUAAUUGCACAGCUUAAUCAUAGUAAUAAUCCUUUCCAUUCACAAUGUGAAUUGCGACUGUACAUUAGUAGCGCCGUAUUUGUAUCGUUAGUCCGGCUGGCUCUGUGAGAGGAUUGAUCAAUUUGGUCCUGGAUCUAAACUAAUCAUCUCUAGAUCGCUUACAUGGUUGGUAACUUUUAAGAAUAUUGUUUUUCUGUUUUUGUUUUCGUUUUUGCUUUUUUUUUGUGGCGGUACCUGAUCAAUAUUGAGGCACGUUGACAUCUCGCUUUAACAUCUACAUCUCAAAUAACGCCGCUUGCCUCAUGUAUUUUGAAGAUAUUAGUUAAAUUUUAUGACAUGCUUUAAGUGGAUAGCCAAAUGGAGUCCCUUACUAGUAUAACCAAUCAGCAUCGCUACCCUUUUAUUUUAAGAAUUUAAAAUAGCUUCAAAUAUUUGUUCAAAUGAAUUAUGACUCCUGAAAAAAUUAAAAUUGGUUUUAAUCCUUUUUUCAAUUACUUGGCCUUAAAAUUAAUAGUACCAUUAAGAAAGAGUUCUGUCCUUCUCCAUAAAUAAACGUAACAGUUAGGAAGCCGGAAAUUAAAAUACCGCCUUUGACUUGAGUCUUAAUGGAUCGAAAUAUGAUAAGCAAACAUCUUAUACACUUCCUACUUUCCUUUCUUUUAACUUCAUUAGAACGCAGUACACAGACGCAGACGCACCCAAACUUGCUGUCGUCGAAACAUCCCACGUUUUCAGGAAAAAUGGGGAUCAGAAAUUAUAGCGGAGCUGUAGUACAGGCUAAAUCGUUUGAAGAAAUACGGUGCUCAAUGGUCUUGACGAGUGGAAUACACGAGAUUUUAACAUAUAUUCUAUUGCUGAACAUUAUCAUAUCUGUCACUGCAUUCAUUGGAAACACGCUGAUUUUAGUUGCCCUUGGAAAAGAUUCUUCCCUUCCAACACCGUCUCGACUUUUACUCCGUUGUUUAGCAAUAACUGACCUAUGCGUUGCUCUCAUUGUAGAGCCACUCAAUAUCACUUAUUUAACGUCCAUUAUCAAUUACGAUGUGAAUCUUUGUCGAUUUUCAGCUGUAGCAUCGUUCAUGGCAGGUUAUAUGUUAGGUUCAGUGUCCUUACUAACUUUAACUGGAAUAAGCGUGGACAGACUUCUAGCCCUGUUCAUGUGGCUGAGAUACAGAGAAAUAGUAACCGUAAAGAGAACGUUUGUAGUCCUUACAACCUUUUGGGUUCUGUCCUCUUUAGUCUCUGCAACGUAUCUGGUAGGUCACCAAAUAACAUUUUGGUAUGGCCGCAUAGUAAUAACAUUAUGUCUAGUAACCGCAAUCCUCUCUUACACAAAGAUUUUCUUCGCAAUUCGUCGUCAUCAGAUCGAUGUGAAACAACGCACCCAACAACAACAAACCAACCAAACAAUACUAAACAUCGCUCGAUACAGAAAGGCAGUGUACACUGCAUUGUGGGUGCAGGCGGUGUUGGUUGUUUGCUAUCUUCCAUAUAGUAUAGUCAUAGCUUUGUUUAGUCAUGAGAACAUUUCAUCAUCGUAUUUUGUCUCUUGGACGGUAACAGUGAGUCUGGUUUAUCUUAACUCGUCGUUAAACCCAUUUCUUUACUGCUGGAGGAUUAGUGAAAUUAGACAAGUUGUCAAGGGGACGAUUAGGCAAGCAUUUAACUGUAUAUGGAAUUAG